UUUAAAACAUUUAAACAUUUGUCAAGAUUCGCGUUUCGUUCGUUCGAAUCUAUUAAAAAUAGAAUCCCAAUCUAUUAAAUAAACCCAGGAUAUCUGUGUAUAUAAUUCUAAUCCGUAUGUAACCACGUUCUGUUUAUUUUCUUAUAAAAUAAAAGCCUAAGAACAUCUUGAUCAUACGCAUUUAUUUUACGCACCCUGCUUUUCCCAGAACUAAAAAGGAACCUUGGAGAAGAGCGUGUAGUUCUACCCGGAUUCUUUUGUGAGACGGGAAAUAUGUUUGUUUUGCUCUCUGUCACUCUGUGUUUCAUUGGUUACCUUUUGUGCCUAAUAUUGAUAUAUAAUAGAUUUAAUCGACUACUGCCGUCAUCAUGGAAUAACAUUUUACGUUCUUCAAGUCGAGCCAAAGGUGUAAACCUCCUGCCGAUACGUGAUCCGCCUGCUUUGACUUGUGAAAAUGACGCGCGGGUUCUGUUUGUCACCGCGCAUCCUGAUGACGAAUGCAUGUUUUUUGCUCCAGCGAUUAUAAAACUGACCGAAUUACACGCGACCGUUUACCUCCUGUGCUUGUCAUCAGGGAAUUACUACAAUCAAGGGGCCCAGCGUAAAGAGGAACUGUUUGGCAGCUGUGAAGUUUUGGGAAUUCCAGCUCAUCGAGUCACUAUCAUUGACAACAAAGAGUUACAGGACGACCCAAAGACUGAGUGGAGCAUCUCACUGACCGCACCACUGAUCCUUAAACACAUCACAACUUAUUCCAUUAACCUGGUGCUGACAUUUGAUGAGGGCGGAGUAAGCGGACAUGCCAAUCACAUCGCUAUCUACAAAUCGCUCAGUUAUCUAGCAUUUGUCGGAAGACUACCUGAAGACUGCCAGGUCCUCUCCCUCCAUACAAUUAGCAUCCUCAGAAAGUAUCUGUCUAUAUUUGAGCUGCCGAUCAGUUGGCUCAUACCUUCGUCUUUCUUCUGCAUCUUAGGACCAAACGAAUACAAAAAAGCUAAGGAGGCCAUGUUGCAUCACCGUUCGCAGCUCCUCUGGUUCAGAUACGUCUACAUUCUGUUAUCACGCUACAUGUACGUCAACACCUUUCGAGCCGUGCCCAUGGAAAAAAAGAAAGUGAGGUUCUACUAAAGGGAAUGUUCUCUAAUAAAAAUGCGCUGUGACUUUCCAAACUAAAGAAUUCACUUAUUAGAAAUGUCCUCCAUGCACACAGAGAAAAUCUACUGAAAUUCUGCUUCAUUAUACUUGUUUUAUGUUCUAUAUUUUGUUACUUUAUUUUUUUUUUAAUGUCACUUUUACAGUUCACUGCUACAGUUCGAUUAUUCCUGGACUUUUACUUUAUAUUUAAGUCUUCUACUCUACAUAACUUGAUGAAGUACACACAUACAAGCUGACACAUACAGCCGAACAAGUCAUGCAGCGUAUACGGUUCAAGAGCUGCUCACGGGAUGUUCUUGUAUUUCACUCCUUUCUGUGUAAACUCUUGAGGCUGUUUUGUGUGAACAUCCUAGAAGGUAAGCAGUUUCUGAAACCAGCUCAUCUGGUACCAACAACCAUGCAAAGGUUAAAAAGUCACGGAAAACACAAAUUUUCUUCAUUGUACUGUUUGAUUUGAAAAUUUACUGAAGCUUUUGAUCUUCAACUGUAUUGCUCUGAUGCCACAUGACUGAAAGAUUAGAUAACCGUAUUAAUGAGAUUUACAGGUGUUCCAAAAUAAAGUGCACGGUGAGUGUAUAAAUCCAAAAAUGUCACUUUUAUGUGUUGAAAGCACCUUAAAUCUGAGCUCUGUUUUUAACCAGCUUUAGACAAGAGUAAGACUUUGUGUACUGUAACCUUUUAUACCUGAAUAAGCUUUGUAAAUACUCUGUGUUAAUGUUAUUUUAUUCAAAUCCUAAGAUUUCAGAAUAGACAACUUAAGAAAACUUUGGACCACCUGGUGCUUAGAUAUUUUCUAUUGUAAAUAUGUGAUGUUGAUUAUUGUUGAUAAUAAAAUAAUAUUUCUUUGGA